AUGUAUCGGGGACCAGCUUUAUACCUGGCCCAGGUAGUCCUGGUGGUCUUCCCAUCCUUCUUCCUGUUUGGAUACAACCAAGUCAAUGUCGGGGGGUUGCUCUCCUUCGCGAGUUGGACGGAAGCAUUCCCUCAAAUCGAUACCACCAAUACAACAGCUAGUACCAGGUCCCAUAAUUCGGUCAUCCAAGGGGUGUAUGUGUCUUCUCUCACUCUUGGGGGACUGGCAGGCUCGUUAUCAUGCUCUUUCAUAGGUGAUGUACUCGGUCGGCGCAAGACCGUCUUUCUCGGUGGUAUUUUCACUUUGAUUGGUGAAAUUAUCUCAUGCACUGCAUUUCAACUUCCUCAGCUGUUGGUCGGACGGAUUAUCAUUGGGAUUGGGGUGGGAAUACUGUUCGCCAUGGUUCCCAUCUGGCAGGCUGAAUGCUCGAAGCCCACAAACCGAGGAAAACACGUUGUCAUCGACGGUAUCUUCAUAAGCAGUGGCUAUGCAGUCAGUUACUGGAUCAAUUUCGGCUUCUCUCAUAUGGAACAGCACUCGGCUUCAUGGCGGAUACCUGUUGCCAUCCCGACUGUCUUAUCCAUCGUUCUGAUUUUAUCGGUCUUCCUGUUCCCUGAAUCCCCUCGCUGGCUUGUGCGUAUUGGUGAACGGACCAAGGCAGCCGAGCAGCUUGCCCGCAUCAGGGAUACUGGCGUCGAUGCGGAUGAAGUGCAACGCGAAGUCACUUCCAUCGAAUUCUCACUCGAAGAAACCGCCCAGACGGCCGCCUCGUUCAAGGAUAUUUUCACCAUGAAGGAUGGAAAGCUUUUUUAUCGCUUUAUGCUAUGUCUCGGUCUGCAAUUUUGGAUCCAAAUGACUGGUGCCAAUGUAAUCAGCACCUACUCGACCACCAUCUUCCGCGAGAACCUGGGCCUGUCGAGCCCUUUGUCCCGCGUACUUGGCGCAAGCGCCUUGACGUGGAAAUUCCUGGCUUCGUUCGUUUCAUUCUUCACUAUCGACCGCUUUGGUCGAAGGAAGCUUUUCUUGUUCUGUGGGGUCGGGGUCACGCUUUGCAUGACAUGCAUGGCCAUUACAUCCAGCUUUCCGAGUGGAAAUCAUGGCGCCUCAGUGGCUGAUGCUUUCUUUCUUUUCUUGUUCAACUUUUUCUUCCCCAUUGGGCUCUUGGGGCCAAGCUUCCUUUACUGCACUGAGGUCGCGCCGAUCCGGCUUCGGGUAGCCAUGACUUCUAUAUCCACCGCGAAUCACUGGCUUUGGAACUUCGUGGUACAGAUGGUCACCCCAGUCGCACUGACAAAUAUCGGGUAUCAGUACUAUAUCGUGUAUGCCGUCCUUGGCCUGACCUUUGUGGGCUCGGUUUACUUCCUAUACCCGGAAACCAUGGGACAGAGCCUGGAGCAGUUGGAUGACUUGUUCCAGCACGACAUGUCUAUCUUUGAGACCGUUCGGAUGGCCAAGAAGCUAUCCCAGAUGCCCCCCACUGCAACCCCGGUGGAGCUUAAAGAACGAGUGGAGCAGGUGGAGUACUCUGAGCAGUCGGUGUGA